AUGGUUUCGUCCAACCAAAUUCUCGCCGUUUGUGUAUUUUCGGCCCUUCCUUACCUAAUCCUCUCAUCAAGUAAAUGUUUUUGGAGAACCAAAUUUUGAUCCAAGAGAAUAUUUCAGAGUGUUCCGGCUGUUCCUUUCCCGAAUUCCAAAAGUUUGACCAGUUUGAAAAAUUCGAGCAGUUUCCACCGGAUAUAAGGUAUGAAGAUGUUUUUUUCAGAGAUGAGACAAUUUUUAUAAAUUUCUUUGAGAAAACAAAGUUUGAAGAGAAAACAUUCUAUUGAAAAAAAAGAGGAUUUCUUCUGGGUUUUCAGGCGUCUUUUCUAAUUUUUAAGCCAAGAAGGGCUCAUUUUGUGACUGAAAGUGCGCUCCAUUGAACAUAAGCGCCAUUUACUUCAUUUUUCAGCCUCGUUUGUGAGGAUGGCCUGACGAAAGUGAACGUCAUCUGCCCGAAACGGAAGCCGAAAAAAUGCUCCGGACUGGCAGUGAGUUUUUUCGAAAAAUCCCACUCGGAAAAAAAAAGUGACAAUUCAAAAGAUCAUAUAGGCCAUUCCACACUAGCUUGUCACGUUUUCCUUUCCGCCAAAGGCCAGGUCAAAUUUAACCACCUUCGCUUCAAGACCUUUGUUUCUUGCCGUUAUAAAAGCAGAAAUUUAAUUACGGUAUUUUUGGCGAAGAGAAAAACGUGACAAGCUGCCGCGGAAUAGGCUAUAGGCAAAGUCGGAAAAGGGUGGAGAGAGGCUCCAUAGAAAUGUUCCCGUAGGGUGAGAAAGAUUCCUAUUUUGCAGCCUUUUCGCGCCAUUUCCUAAGCCUUUUUCCACCAUUUCUCGAGCCUUUAAAAUUCCAGAAAAAAUGAGAGGCUUGAUGAAGGGACUCUUUUUCCUGCCUUUUUGAUGCCUUUUUGCUGCCUUUCUGCGACAUUUUGGGGGCCUUUUUGGGACCUUUUCGUAGCCUUUUCGCUGCCUUUUUUGCUGCCUUUCUGCGGCCUUUCUGCGGCUCUUUUGCGGCCUUUUUAGGACCUUUUCUUAGCCUUUUUGGGACCUUUUCGUAGCCUCUUUGCUGCCUUUCUGCUGCCUUUUUCAAGCAAGCCCCUCCCUUUUAGCGGCCCUUAUCCACCAUUCCAACUUUUCCCAAGAUACAUUUUUCUGACAUUUUUGGUUCCAGAGCACCUUCCAAUCAAUAAUCAAUAUGGCUAGCUUGCCACUCUCCUUUAAAAAUCCAUCUUUCAGGGUACAAGCAAUGGGGACAUUUUCCAAUACGAAGACCGUUUGAGUUGCAACUGCACCGCUGGACGGCCAACCAUGCAUGGAUUCACGUGAGAAAUUCAAUUUUUUGUAAAAGUUCAUUCAGAACUACCUUUCUCAUUUAAAAAUGAGCAGAAACGGUUUGAAACGAAAAAAAAAGUUUUUUUCAGGAUCUACCAGGUUUCCUGCUUGGAACGCGACUGCAAAGAUUGA